AUGGAUAUAAAGAGGAUUAAUGGAGCGAAGGAGGGAGAGCUGUACAGGUUUUUAAUUGUCCUGGGCUGUUUGAUUCUGGCCAUACUGACAACAUUCAGGGAACAUGAGAAGGUCUCUGCACACUGGCUGGUUAUACUGGAAACCUUUGCCAUCUUCAUCUUCGGAGCAGAGUUUGCACUGAGGAUCUGGGCGGCAGGAUGCUGCUGUCGCUACAAAGGAUGGAGGGGGAGGCUGAAGUUUGCUCGCAAACCUCUGUGUAUUUUAGACAUCUUUGUGCUGAUUGCCUCAGUGCCAGUGGUGGCAGUGCGUAAUCAGGGUAAUGUGUUGGCCACGUCCCUGCGCAGCCUGCGCUUCCUGCAGAUCCUGCGGAUGCUGCGCAUGGACCGGAGAGGAGGAACCUGGAAACUGCUGGGGUCCGCCAUCUACGCACACAGUAAGGAGCUGAUCACGGCCUGGUACAUCGGCUUCCUGUCUCUGAUCCUGGCGUCUUUCCUGGUCUACCUGGUGGAAAAGGACGAUGUCUCCAUGGACGUAUCCAACCAUGAUAACCCCACUGCUCAGCCCAAACCGCAGGACUUUGACACCUAUGCCGACGCACUGUGGUGGGGACUGAUCACACUGACCACCAUCGGUUAUGGGGACAAAACCCCAAAGACCUGGGCUGGGAGGCUGUUAGCCGGCACUUUUGCUCUGAUUGGAGUGUCCUUCUUCGCUUUGCCUGCAGGGAUCCUGGGUUCGGGCUUGGCUCUGAAGGUCCAGGAGCAGCACAGACAGAAGCACUUUGAGAAGCGCAGACAUCCAGCCGCCGGGCUCAUCCAGUCUGCCUGGCGAUAUUAUUCCACCAAUCCAAUUAGAGAGGACCUUAUUGCUACUUGGAGAUUUUAUGAAACUGUCAUCUCUCUUCCCUGUUUCAGGAAGGAUCACUUGGAGGCCAUUGCGAGCCAAAAACUGAGUUUACUCGAGCGUGUUCGCCUUCCCAAUGCACGGCAAUCAAUUGGGACGGGCAAGAAGCUCACAGGAAAUGCCGAAUCCAUCGAGGAAAGUCCCUCCAAGGAGCCCAAACCUGCUGGUUUCAGUAACCGGGAACGCUUCCGCACCGCCUUCCGCAUGAAGGCCUACACGCUCCGUCAGAGCUCUGAAGAUGCCGGAGCUCUGGCAGACCCAGCCUUAGAGGAGCGGGGCUUCCCCCCAGACAUCCUCAUGGAGGAGAUGAUCCCCACACUGAAGCUCGUCAUUAGGGCAGUCAGGAUCAUGCAGUUUCUCUUGAACAAGAAGCGGUUUAAGGAAACUCUGAGGCCUUACGACGUCAAAGACGUGAUAGAGCAGUACUCUGCGGGACACCUGGACAUGCUCUGUAGAAUUAAAUACCUCCAGACAAGGAUCGACAUGAUUCUUGCCCCUGGACCACCCCUCACCCCCAAACAAAAGAAAACUCAGAAAACACCCUUUGCCUACCCACCCAAUCAGUCACCCAGGCAUGAGUCCUACCUAGCCAAAUCCGCCUCCAUGCCAGAUGCCGAAGACCAAAGCAUGAUGGGUAGAUUUGUCAGGGUGGAGAGACAGGUGGAGGACAUGGAGAAGAAGUUGGACUUCCUGGUGGACAUGCACAUCCAGCACACUGAGCACCUGCAGGUGGACUCUGCCGGCGCUGCCCACAUGACCCUUGAGACGUGUGACCCUACGGGCAAUGGUGAGAUCCGUCGGGUUUUCUUCAACUACGCAGAGGCGUUCCCCCACAUGUCGUACCAGGUGCCUGUCAGCAAGGUGAAUCCGUAUUAUGGCAGAGAACGAGGAGGUGGAGAGGGGACCAUGUUGGCUGGUGGAAGCCGCGUACCUUCAGACCAUCAGCCCCCAAAAUCACACCCCCAUCAACGCUACGCUCCACCUGCCAUCCCCACCUACACCGAGCGUCCCACAGUGUUGCCCAUCAGCUCCCUGCAGGACUUGUCAGCAGGGCUGGGCAGGACCACAAGGGGGCGGGGGGGAGACUCGCCACUUUCCAUGCUAUCGGUGAACCACGAGGAGCUUGAGCGCUCACCCAGCGGGUUCAGCAUCUCUGGGGAGCGGGAGGGGGAGGAAGGGGAGGACUUGUCAAUGGGGGCCGGGGUGGUGACCGGGGACGCCAGCUGGAUGAAACCCAGACCGAGCUACUUGGCGGAGGGGGAGACAGACACAGACACAGACCCCUUUACACCUAGCGGGGGGCCCCUGCCGCUCUCCUCCACGGGGGAGGGAUUUGGGGACACUGUGUGGAACACGCCACCCUGA